AUGGCAGUGGCCAAGCCUGUCGAUUUCCUUGCUUUUUAUGAUUGCAGUGCUGGCGAUAAAGCCGUUGUACAAAUGCAGAAGCUGAUCCAGUCACGCAGUAAUAUCGGUAGUGACGCAGGGAAGCUGCAUGAUCGUGUUCUGGAACUACGCGACGCUGCGCCUCAAGUCUUGGAUUUUGCAUCUCCUGCAACCGGCGCAUAG